GUUUCCUACAGGGCAGACCAUUCCCGGGCUGGGGGAAGCCUAGGGCCUGCGCUGGGCCGCGGGAGCCCGACCCCCUCCUCGUACCGCGCAGCCCUGGGAUCGGGGCUGGCUCCCGGGCCCCUACCGGGCGGGCGCGUCCGGAGCGCGCGCGGGCGACGUGGGGAGUGGGCCGGGCGCGUGGCGGGCCCCGCGCGCCCUCGCGCGUCCCCCGCUCCUGGGCGCAGCUGGCGCGGUCGGUGUAGUGCAGCGCUGGGCUCCUCGCCGCGGGCGCUCGGCUUCACCUUCAGAUGCGCGGGGCGUGCGCGUCCUCCACCCCGGGUUCGCCGCCACCCCGCCAAGGUGCUCAUUGCCGUCUCCCAGCCCCCCACCUGAAACAUGCACCUCCUGGUCGCAGGUAUAUCUCAUGUCAUCUUGGGGCAGCAGAGGCACCUCUGAGAAUGGAGAGAUAAGACACCAUUCUUUUAGGCCUACGUGAGAGAAAGCUGUGACUCCAAACCCCGAACACGUCCCAAUGGAUCGCAACAGAGAGGCUGAGAUGGAGCUGAAGAGAGGGCCUAGCCCACCUAGGGCCAGCAGGAGCCAGGAAGUGGAUGGGGACAAGGCUGCUUGUCACAGUUGCUGCAUAUGUGGCAAGAGCUUCCCCUUCCAGAGCUCACUGUCACAGCACAUGCGCAAGCACACAGGAGAGAAGCCCUACAAGUGUCCCUACUGUGACCACAGGGCAUCCCAGAAGGGCAACCUCAAGAUUCACAUCCGGAGCCAUCGCACAGGGACUUUGAUUCAGGGACACGAGCCAGAGACGGGUGAUGCGCAGCUGGGUGAGAUGCGUGUGUCUGAGGGCCUGGAUGGGUGCGCUAGCCCCACGAAAAGUACGUCGGCCUGCAACCGCAUUCUCAAUGGGGCAGCACAGGUGGACAGCAGCAAGAUCCUGCUGAGGAGUAGCCGGAAGGAUGUGGAAGGGGCAGCCAAUGCCAUGGAGGAAGCUGAGGCUGCAACCCAGUGCUCCUUCUGCAAGAGCCAGUUCCAGCGCAAGAAGGACCUGGAGCUGCAUGUGCACCAGGCUCACAAGCCCUUCAAGUGCAGGCUGUGCAGUUACAUGACCUUGCGGGAGGAGUCACUGCUCAGCCACAUAGAAAGAGAUCACAUCACUGCGCAGGUGCCCAAUGGUGGCGAGGCCUGCGUGGAGAAUGGCAAGCCUGACCUGAGCCCUGGAGAAUUUCCCUGUGAGGUGUGUGGCCAGGCCUUCAGCCAGACCUGGUUCCUGAAGGCACACAUGAAGAAGCAUCGGGGUUCCUUUGACCACGGCUGCCACAUCUGUGGUCGCAGGUUCAAGGAGCCGUGGUUCCUCAAGAACCACAUGAAGGCACAUGGCCCAAAGACGGGAAGCAAGAACAGGCCUAAGAAUGACCUGGACCCCAUUGCCACCAUCAACAAUGUGGUCCAGGAAGAGGUCAUUGUUGCAGGCCUGUCCCUCUAUGAAGUCUGCACCAAGUGUGGAAACCUGUUUACAAACCUGGACAGCUUGAAUGCCCACAACGCCAUACACCGCAAGGUUGAAGCCAGCCGGACCCGUGCCCUGGCCGAGGAGCCCACCCCUGAAAGUCCCCUGGACACAAAGCAGUUCUUCCUACAGUGCCUGAAUCUGAGACCAUCAGUUGCUGGUAAUGCGUCCUCUGGAAAGCAGUCUGGAAGGCGGGUGGCCGAGCUGGACCCUGUCAGCAGCUACCAGGCUUGGCAGCUGGCCACCAGGGGCAAGGUGGCUGAGCCAGCUGAGUACCUCAAGUACGGGGCAUGGGAUGAGGCGCUGGCUGGGGGUGUGGCCUUUGACAAGGACAGACGCGAAUACAUUCUGGUGAGCCAGGAGAAGCGCAAACGUGAGCAGGAUGCACCGACCACACAAGGUCCCCCAAGAAAGAGGGCAAGUUUGCCAGGGGAUCCCAUGCCACCUGGCCACUUUGACCCCCGGCCAGCUGCACGUCCCAGCCGCCGGGCUGCAGCUUCUGCUGGCCAUGGCAAGUCCUCAGAGUGCUUUGAGUGCGGCAAGAUCUUCCGCACCUACCACCAGAUGGUGCUGCACUCCCGCGUACAUCGCCGGGCACGCCGAGAUAGGGACUCCAACGGGGACAGGGUGGCACGUGCCCGCUGUGGCUCACUCAGUGAGGGUGACUCAGCCUCUCAGCCCAGCAGCCCGGGUUCAGCCUGUGCCACUGUUGACUCUCCAGGCUCUGGCCUGGCCGAUGAGGCUGCUGACGACAGUGGGGAGGAGCCCAUGCCUGAAUCAGUACCAGGGGGACAGCCGAGGCGCUGCUGCUCUUCUGAAGAGGUAGCAUCGACUGUGCUUUCCAACGGGGACCAGAGUCACAAACUUGGAAAUAACCCGCCCGGAAAAGACACCAGCGAGUCCAAGGUGGGAAUUCCAACUUCUGUGUCCAUACUUGAAAACAGUAGCAGAGAGACUUCCAAACGUUCCGAACAGCAUAGAUUUUCUCUUGACUUAAAGAUGCCAGCAUUUCACCCCAAGCAGGAGAUGCCCAGCGCUAGUGAUGGUGUGGACUUCCCUUCAAGUACAGAGGGCGCUGACCUACAGCUCAUGUUGGAGAACCAGGCUGGUUAUCCUAAAGACAAGCUGUCUGAUUUGCACAAUAAGGAGCAUCCUGGGGGAGGAAAAAGUACACCAGCCCAAGACCUGGUCCCUCUCGAUUUAAGUGGAAGGUCCACCCGGGAUGACUCCAGCAAUAAGGAAGUGGCCUCCUCUCUGCAAGCUGCGCUGGUCAUUCACCCGUGUCCUUACUGUAACCACAAGACCUAUUACCCAGAGGUCUUAUGGAUGCACAAGCGCAUCUGGCACAGGGUCAGCUGCAGCUCCAUGGCCCCCCAGUGGACGCAGCCCAACGGUUACAAGAGUGUAAGGAGCAACUUGGUGUAUCUUGCGCGGAGUGGAAGAACAGGACCUCCACCCGCCCUCGGGGGCAAAGAGUGCCAGCCCCUGCUCCUUGCUCGCUUCACCCGCACUCAAGUGCCAGGUGGGGCACCUGGACCCAAAGGCAGUCCGCUGGGAGUGACUGCGAAAGUGGCUAGCAUGCCUAAGAAUAAGGAGAGCCAUUCCGCGGGCCCCUGUGCACUGUGGGCAGCUGGUCCUGAUGGGUAUCGACAGACCAAGUCCAGCCAAGGCCAGGAGCCCUCCAUUGCUUCGAUGCAGGGGUCCUUGGCCAAACCCAAACUGGAGGCCAGCUCCAAGCCAGCACCUGCUCUGGGCAGUGGAGGCCUUGGCAGGAGUGCCACCCCCACGCCCUCUGUCAUAACCCGGGUGGGUUCUCAGCCCUUGGCCAGCAACAAGCCAGUGGAGAAUUUUGGGGUCCCGUCGGUAGGGCCUGGCUUUGCCCCUCCAAAUAAGCACAGUGCCCCAGACUCCCUGAAAGCCAAAUUCAGCCCUCAGCCUCAGGGUCAGCCUACUGCAAAAGGUGAAGGGAGCCCUCCUCUACCUCCCCGUGAGCCCUCCUCGAAGGUAGCCCAGGAGCUGAGGACACUGGCCACCUGUGCUACGGGGUCCAGAGGUGAUGCAGCCCUGCAGGCCCAGCCUGGGAUGGCUGGCACCCCUGUCUUACACUCCAUCAAGCAGGAGCCAGUGGCCGAGGGCCACGAGAAGCGCUUGGACAUCCUUAACAUCUUUAAGACAUACAUUCCAAAGGACUUUGCUACACUGUACCAGGGCUGGGGUGUCAGCAGUCCCGGGCCAGAGCACAGAGGGACACUCCGGACACAGGCCCGCCCAGGAGACUUCGUCUGCGUGGAGUGUGGGAAGAGCUUCCACCAGCCCAGCCACCUCAGGGCCCACAUGCGAGUGCACACAGUGGUGUUUGAGUGUGAUGGUCCUCGAGGUUCCGAAGUUCACACAGCCUCCGCGGAUGCCCCCAAACAAGGGAGAGACACAGGGACUGUGCAGACAGUGCCCCUCAGAAAGGGAACCUAGAGAAAUGCUCCAGCGCCCCUGGGCACCCUGCGAUGGCCAUUGGCAGUGUCCUCACAGAUGUCCCAGCAGCCUCCCAGCAGUGACCAUGACCACCUCGAGGAGGAAGAACUGCGGGUCUCCUGCUAGAUGCCUCACACCGCUGAGCUGCUGCCCUGGAAUGGAGACUGCGGGAGAUGCCUCUCCCCUCUAGAUGUUUAGAGCAGCGGCAACGCUGUGCCUGUGAUUCCCUGUAGAUCUCUCACAUACAUAUAUGUGCUCUUCAAGCAUAGCCCGUGUUUUCUUACCAUAAGCAGUGGUACUGGCAGGCGCAGUGGGAGCUCAAGGCAUCUGUGUUAUCCAAGACAAAAUUGAGACACUGGAACAAAGAUACUUGUGUGUGUUGGAUGGAGCGGAGAAGCUAAGCACUGUAGGAGGAGCUCCUGUGCUCAGAAAGACUGCCUUGGUGGAUGUCAGGACAGAGAUGGGUCUGAGGUUGAUGAAGUAUUAGUACUAUGCCUCUCCUUGUCUCAGUGGGUAUUUAACAUAAUAAAGAGAGGACGGAGGUGGCAGUCAGGUGCUGGGGGAAGUCAGCGUGGAGCAGGGCAGUGAUAAGAUCCUAGUGGUCACAGGCUCGCACGGCACCCUUGGGGUGCCUGCGUCUCCCAUGUGCUCGCCCUGCAUUUCCACCCUUCAUGCUGAGUCUGGCUGAGGAAACACGUGUGUGGGAAAGUAUAUGUUCUGCUUUGGAAAAGAGUUAGUUGAACACUAAGAAAAGCAGGCUUCUUUGUUUAUUCUCAGGAUCUUUUUGUAACAGGGCUACAUUCUGCAAACUGCUCACAAAGGAAGACUAUGCGUCUUAACAAAUUAUUUAGCCACUGAAUCCUCCCAACUGGGGCCUGUUUUAUUAGUCAGAAGAAUCCCUGAGUAGAUUUGGGGGCCCUAGAUCACUAGGGUACUAAUGCUCUGGAGCCUUCUGCUCUCCACCUCCCCUGCCCCUCCCCUGUCCACCCCAGCAAGUAGGUGUCUUUUCUCCUUGGGCCCAAUGACCUUCACAGGAUGAGUAACUUCAUUUAUUGAGUGUGGGAGUUACCAGGCCCUUGGGUGGGGGACGGCUUUAUAUACCUCUUCCUCAUAAUGCAAAUGCAAGUUUUGGUGGUGGGGGUUAAGGCCCAUAACAAAGGAUCUUAAACCAUGCAGUGUACGCAAUUUAAAUUGUAUUCUACAGAUAUAAAUAUUUUCUUUUCCUAUUGCCGUGACACUAUGUGUGAUGGUAAUAUUUCUGAGAGUUUCAGAUUUUUGCACAUAUGAUUUUAUGCAUUAUCAAAAGUUACUGCUGCCUUGAAUGAAAAUGUUCUGUGAAAUUUUUUGCAAAAGCUUUACUAGGUUUUUUUUUUAAUUGUGAAAUUUUGUAAAGGCAGGAAAUGAUUAAGAUGAGCAUGCUAAAUAUAUUUUUCAAAAAAGCAAUAAUUUUACAUGUACAGAAAUUAUCCUAACCUUUAAUACUGGUGAGAGCGACAGUUUACUUUAAUACAGUAAUGGAUUAGUGCAGUUUUUGUAGAAAAUGGGCUUCUGAUACAAAGACUUGUUUAAACACACACAAAUAUACAAACCCUGAAGUGUGGUUUUCCUGUUCUAAUGAGUUGUUGGAUUAUUAUUAUAUUAUUAUUAUUAUAAUUAUUAUUUUAUUGUUAUUGUUAGUUAAUGUUUGGUUCUGAAUUCUACUUGUUGCUGAGUUUAAAUUACUUGACUGUUCAGGUGGCUGCGACACUUGCAAACAAUGCAAUGUAACUGGCUCGCUUAUAUUAUAUCUAUAUAUAUAUAUUAUUUUUUUUACUUAUUUUUCCUGAUAUUCUUACACCAGAUAUGUAUGAGAAUGAUCUGUUGUGUUAGCGUGCUUGGGAAUUUGUCUGCGCAGAUAUUGUCACAUAACUGUCAUGGAUUGUUCUGGGAGGUUAUCUGAGCAAAGUUAUAGAGACACAUUCCUCUGUCCACCCAAGAAACCAGAAUGCCCUUCUGUUGAUUUAUGUCUGAUCAUUUUGAUAUUUCCCCCAAGGUGAUCAUUUCUGCAUUUUCUGGCUUUUGUUUCCCUGGCUGAAAGUAAACGGUGACAGUUAGGAAUGUGCAGGGACUAGUGAUUCAGUCCCGUCUUGUUUCUUUGUGUUUUAGUUAUUAAAAGAAAUUCUGUACCCAAAGUGACACAGAGGUGUCGUCUACAUUUUUACUGUUUCAGAAGUCGCACGGAAAAGUGCAAUUGGCAUUUAGAGCUGGAAGUGGUUUUUCUUCCCGCAAAUCUCCUUCCCAGUAGGUGUGGUGGAGAGAGAGGUGCGGCUGGGCUGCAGCCUCCAGCGAGUGUCCCUCGGCUUCCAGGAGAGCCUCCGAGGACAGCCGGGUUGCUUGGGAUGAGUCGCACAGCCACGAGGGGCCUGAGGGUGCUAUGUUGAGCCCAGCUGCGGGGACUGGAUGAGUUGGCCCCUUUCUUCCACUGAGCAUCAGUAUUGUAUUGCUUUGUUAAUUUGUUUGUGUCAGUUCAACCAUAGUAUUUAAUAUGAUUUGUGUUUUCUUAUUUAUUUAGCCAUUAUAUUUUGAUUUGCUUUUUUUUUUUUUUCAAAAUGACAAUUUCUGCAUGAUACACUUCUGUAAGUCGCCUUCUGACUGUUACAGACUUUCUACUACCUCUACCAACCUGCUGUCUCCUUGUUUCUUAACAGGAUUUUUACAGUGUUGCGUCUAAUGUAACUUAGACAAUAAAGGGUUUGGUUAUCUACACCGCAGUGCUCCUUGUGUCUCCCCUGCCCUUUGCCUUGCACUCUCCUGCAUCCCAGCGUGGCUCCUGCCUGGCCCAGCUUGGCCCCUUGCCUCCUCCUGUCACCCUGUCUUCCUCUCCACUUGCAUCUCUUCUCAUUUUGAAUUUAAAUACCACACAAAUAAUGAGCUUCUUAAAAUCUUUCAGGUUAUUUAUUGUAGUCCUUAAUUUGAAGAAUGAACACUUACAUUCACCCCAAAAGCAGAUGCUCCUUGUCUUCCUGGGAAAUCACUGUACCUGUCCACAUUUUUGCCUGGCUCCUGGAAGUCUCAUUGUAGUCUUAGAACAACACGUUGCAUCUGUGUUGGUACAAUGCAAGUUUCAAGCCAUGUGGAUUUUGCCUCGUUGGUUCUGAAAGUAUCAAAUGUUCUAAGAGUUCCCCUAAUAUUUAUUUAUUUCCUAAAGCGAGAAAGAUACCAGCUUUCUGAAAAGAAGGAAAUCCCACUGGGAGCUACAUGCAGUCACUCUGGAGGUUACAGGAACAUGGAUCUGUGAUAGGCUGUGAGGACACAUCAUGUGACUUAGCUGCUGUGCCACUUGGCUAGGAACUGCCCCAGCAUCUCCGUAAGGCGCCAGCACAUGUAGGUCUAACAGUACUUCUCUGCCUGAGGAUGCAGAGUGGGGAGUCAUGGGGGCGAAUUCUACCUCCCUGGGUGGUGGUUCUGGUUGCUUCACAUUCUUUCAACCAGCAGAGCCAGUGUAGUUUCUGGGGUGGUGCAGGUGCCUUGCGCAUCACAGAAAGUGGCCCGCCCAGGCCUCAUGUUGCAUGGAAGACAGCACCUCCUGGACUCCCGUGGCCAGAUGUUCUCCUGGUAUUCCUUCUUCAGAAUGAGACCACCUCUCCCCCUAAUGCAUCCGAAGGUUCCAACCAUUUGUUGACAGAAGAAGAAAGUUCUGUGUUUAUAAACUUGACUCACCACUUUCACAAUAUCUGAAGUAACAAUUGCUUUACUGCCUUUAACUUUGGUGACUUCUAGUUACAGAACAUUUUAUUCACUGAGCAAACAACAGCAACAGAGAUCACAAGUGACAACUUCCAGCAGUGACCAGGCCCUUGUUUGCCUUAGUUCCUGCAAACACUGGAGCCCUGGGACACACCUGGGUGGAGUGACCCCUGGUCUCCCUGCAAGGGAGUGCCCAUUACUUAUCAACUUUGCUAAUAUAUACUUUGAGACCGUAAAAUGCAAAGACCAUAGAAUUUGUAUUUCUUUUAUAAAAAUACGAUUUAUAACAUAUUUUGUACUCUUUAUAUUAGAAUUUGUAAUAGAUUGAUGUAUUUAACUCUAUUUCUGAAAAGUUAUUGUUUCAGUUGUGUGAUAAAAUAUUUAGAUAAAACAUUCAUUCUAUUGGAAUUUGAAAUAAAUAAAAAC